AUGUCGACCGAGGCAGCCAAGCCCACUGGCUACAAGCAACUCGACCGCGAGCUCCGUGAAAUGAUCACUUCCAUCACCAACCGCGUGACCGAUCUUCACAAGUCCGGCUCGGGCCACGGCCACGAGGAGGACGAGGACGAGCAUGGUGUGAGGAUCAUCACCCUUGCCGGAAACAACACCGGAGCCACAUUGCGGAGUGAGUUGGAUGAUCAUCAGGACAAUCAUCGUAAACGUGGCGGCCAUCAUGGUCUUCAUCUAGGAGGUCCUGAUGAAGACCCCGAGGGGCUGAGCACAUAUGUGAACAGCAACUUCCAAGCCAUCAACAACUCGCUCGUGAUGGGGGGUAGCUACACCACUAAUGAUCCGGGUGUUCAUCUCGACAUUACUGAUUUUUUCGAACCACAUGGGCAUAGUAAGCCGGAGAAGAAGGGGUGGAAGGGUAAGAAGAAAGAGAAGAGCGACCAGCAUCAGGAGCAUGAUGAUGAGUGA